AUGACAAUUAAAACGUCAAAACAAAUACCAGAUUUCCCCACUCAUGGUUUACUUCCAAAAGAGGAAACAGAAGCUGCUGCCUUUUUAAAAAAGUACCCCGAUUAUGAUGGACGUGGUAUAGUAAUUGCUAUACUUGAUACUGGAAUCGACCCCGGGGCUGUCGGUUUACAAAUCACCACAGAAGGAAAGCCAAAAAUUGUUGAAAUGAUCGAUUGUUCAGGCUCCGGUGACGUCAUUACCAAAACUGUUGUGAAACCAAGCGUCAAAGCAAGUGGGUUAGAAACUUUGCAUGUGAUUCAAGGUUUAUCUGGACGCACGUUAAUCAUCAAUCCUAAAUGGAAUAAUCCGUCGGGUGAAUUUCGAGUUGGGAUUAAAAGAGCUUUUGAACUGUUUCCAAUGGUGUUGUUGACUAGACUUCAGCAGGAAAAACGUCAAAGCGUUAUCAUUGAUCAUCACAAACUUCAAGUCGAAGUACAGAAACAAAUUGCUGAUUGGGAAGAAGCACAUCCACCCAAUUCUUCUCCCUCAGAAUCAGAUGUUCAACACAAGACAGAUUUGGAAGCACGUGCAGAUAUACUUAGAGAUUUAAUAAAGAACUAUGAUACACCUGGUCCUAUUUUCGAUGUUGUGACUUUCUUUGAUGGUAGUGAUUGGAGAGUUGUUGUGGACGUUAACGAAAAUGAACCUCUGUUAACAGAUUUCCGUAAGGAACACAAAUAUCAUACAUUCAGUCAAGAAGAUUUACUUAAUUUCUCUGUAAAUAUCUAUGAUGACGGAAACGUCGUUAGUCUUGUUGUUGCUACUAGCGGCCACGGAACCCAUGUCGCUGCUAUUACUGCUGCUUAUCAUCCGGAUGAACCGGCGUUAAAUGGGAUAGCCCCGGGUGCACAGAUAGUUUCUCUCAAGAUUGGUGACAAUCGUCUAGGUAGCAUGGAAACGGGUGCUGCUCUUGCUCGCGCAGGCAUUGCCCUCGUGCAUACACAAGUCGACCUUGCAAAUAUGAGUUAUGGUGAAGCGUCUGCAAUACCUAACGCGGGUCAAUUCACCGAAUUGAUUCGUGACGAGGUUAUCAAUAAGUAUGGGUGCAUAUUUUUGAGUAGUUCGGGAAAUAAUGGGCCUGCUUUGUCGACAAUGGGGUCUCCUGGUGGUACUUCGAAUGGGUUUAUUGGUGUUGGAGCAUAUGUUAGUCACGCAAUGGUACAGGCUGAAUAUGCACUUCUUGAAUCUGUGCCCGAACGUCCUUUUACUUGGACUUCUCGUGGUCCGACUAUUGACGGAGAUGUUGGCGUAGAUAUUUACGCUCCUGGCGGGCAAGCAUGA